GGCCGGCAGCCGGUUGCCGGCGGGGCGCAGGCGCGGUAGUGGCAGGCCGGUCUCCCAUCGGUCUCCGCGGGCGGCGGGUACGCGGCGCUGGGGCGGCAGGCCGAGCAUGUCGGAGAAGAAGCAGCCGGUGGACCUGGGGCUCCUGGAGGAGGACGACGAGUUUGAGGAGUUCCCGGCCGAAGAUUGGACUGGUUUAGAUGAAGAUGAAGAUGCACAUGUCUGGGAAGACAAUUGGGAUGAUGACAAUGUUGAAGAUGAUUUCUCGAAUCAGUUAAGAGCUGAAUUAGAAAAACAUGGAUACAAGAUGGAAACCUCAUAGUUUUUGCUGAAUAUGGAGUGGUUUAACAUUGAACUGUGGAUAGACUAUACUGAGGAAAGAAGAGGAGGUGGAAAAUGAGAAGACACACUUAGCUCAUUAUGUGCUUGGAUUUAUUAUUGUUUUGUAUAAAAAAUAAAGUUUUUAAUCUUAGCCUA